GUUGGUGGUGUGAUCUGUGUCAGCCCGUGACCGUGGGAGUGUUGCGUCACAGCUACCUCAGCCCCUGACAAGAAACUAUAUAUAUAUAUAUAAAACUUCCAUUACUGCAAGAGUGGCCGUGUGUAGCACCACACAACACGUAUAUGAAUAUCAUCCGGCAAGUUCACCACCUCUUUCGUCCAGGAGUGAAAAAACUUUGGUGUGAGAACAAUGGACCUCUAUGAGCCAAAUGUUGCCACUAAAAAGGCUACAUUUGGCAUGUCAUGAUUUUGGUUUCCCGAGGCCCAGUUCGGUGCUGCCCCCGGAGUCAUCAGGACACGGGUAGGCUAUGCCGGUGGGUCCACGGUCCACCCAACUUACCGUAAUAUGAAUGAUCAUACUGAAACUGUGGACUUAGACUAUGAUCCUGAGCAGACAAACUAUCAGACUCUUCUGUCCAUGUUCUGGAAGUACCACGAUCCAACCUCUAAAUGUACUCGUCAGUAUAUGUCGGCCAUCUUUUUCCACGACGAGGAACAGAAACUCUUGGCUGAGGAGUCCAUGAAGGCUGAACAGAAUAAGAUUGCACGCCCCAUCAGGACCUCCAUCCUCCCUGCCAAAGCUUUUUACGAGGCGGAAGACUACCAUCAGAAAUACCUUCUUCAGCGCCAUGGCUUGCUCAUGAACUCCCUCGACAUCGACCCCGGAGAAGAUUUAAUUAAGAGUCAUGUCGCUGCUCGUAUCAACGGCUACAUUGGAGGUUUCGGGACAGUCUCUCAGUUUGAUAAGGAAUGGCAGAAAUGGGGAAUUAAUGAUAAAAUGGCUGAAUACAUCCGUCAAGAGGUAAUGUCUUCCUUUCGUGGAUCGUGCUAAAUUAUAGGCCUUUAUUUUUCUUUGGAGUAGAAAAGUUUAUGAAAAAAGGGCAUAAGUUUGGUGAGUUAAUGGAUCAGGUUUGAAAUCCUACAGUAUGUAGUACAGUACAGUAUAUCACUUCACAGUAAAGGGCUCAUAAUAGAAACAUUAGAUUUAUAGAUGUACUGUAUUGAAAACAAUUGCGAUGCAUUAGAACUACAGUAAUGUUUUACACUUAGAGAUAACCAUUUCAUGCUGUUAUUUCAUACUAAAGUACGGUACUAUGAGUAACUGAAUAAAAUGGGUCAUUUUAGAAAUACAAAAGUUGCCAUCAAAUUUACAGUUUAUUUUUUACCAUUUUUAGAAAGUAUUUGCCAGUUCUGAAGAUUGACAUGAGCCCUGAAUAAAGAUAAACAAGUACCUCGGUACUUGAUUGGUAACUUCUAAAACAUAGCUUGCUGCUCUGUAUAUUUCUGCAAAUUUAGUACAUCAGGAUUUUGUGUAUAUUCUGUAUAAGACUUUAAAGAUUUGAUGCAAUAGAAUAUAAUGUACUGUACAGUACUGUGCUACAGUACUAUGCUUACAGUAUGUUUUUGUCUUUGGUAUUGUAUAAUAUAUGUA